GCAACGCUGGAGCGCUGUGCUGUUCCCGCCAAUUCUCGUGUCAGUCCUGUCCGGGUUUAGUUCCUUACUUCAUGGAGCCAUUUGAUCCCGCAGAGCUGCCGGAGCUACUCAAGCUUUAUUACCGAAGGCUCUUUCCCUACGCCCAGUACUAUCGCUGGCUCAACUAUGGCGGAGUGACAAAGAAUUACUUUCAACACCGAGAAUUUUCGUUCACACUGAAAGAUGAUAUUUACAUUCGUUACCAGUCCUUCAACAACCAGAGCGAUCUGGAAAAGGAGAUGCAGAAGAUGAACCCAUAUAAGAUUGAUAUAGGCGCAGUAUAUUCUCACAGACCCAGUCAACACAAUACAGUGAAGCUGGGAGCUUUCCAGGCUCAGGAGAAAGAACUGGUCUUUGACAUUGACAUGACAGACUACGAUGACGUAAGGAGAUGCUGCAGUUCUGCAGACAUAUGUUCCAAGUGCUGGACUCUCAUGACAAUGGCCAUGCGCAUCAUAGACCGAGCACUGAAGGAGGACUUUGGAUUUAAGCACCGCCUCUGGGUGUAUUCAGGAAGGAGAGGUGUGCACUGCUGGGUCUGUGAUGAGUCCGUUCGAAAGCUGUCCUCGGCUGUACGCUCCGGGAUCGUGGAGUACUUGAGUCUUGUAAAGGGUGGUCAAGAUGUUAAAAAGAAAGUUCACCUAAAUGAGAAAGUUCACCCUUUUGUCAGAAAAUCUAUAAACAUAAUUAAAAAGUACUUUGAAGAAUAUGCCUUAGUUAACCAAGAUAUUCUCGAAAAUAAAGAAAACUGGGAUAAGAUUUUAGCCCUUGUUCCUGAGACAAUUCAUGAUGAGCUGCAAAGAGGGUUUCAGAAGUUUCACAGUUCACCUCAGCGCUGGGAACACCUGAAGAAAGUGACCAGUGCACCUCAGAAUACCAAGACUGAUAAGUGUGGCCCCUGGCUGGAAUGGGAGAUUAUGCUCCAGUACUGUUUCCCACGCCUGGAUAUCAACGUCAGCAAAGGCGUCAAUCACUUACUGAAGAGUCCUUUCAGUGUCCAUCCUAAGACAGGUCGCAUUUCUGUGCCUAUCGAUUUUCAGAAAGUGGAUCAGUUUGAUCCAUUUACUGUUCCAACUAUAAGCGCCAUCUGCCGGGAAUUGGAUGUGGUUUCCACUAGUGAGAAGGAAAAGGAGAAUGAAGCUGAAGCUGAAGGCAGACACAGACUCAGAGAUUAUAAGAAGACCAGCCUAGCACCAUAUGUGAAAGUAUUUGAACAGUUUCUCGAAAAUCUGGAUAAAUCCCGGAAAGGGGAACUUCUCAAGAAAAGUGAUUUACAAAAAGAUUUCUGAAGAAAACAACUUCCAUCCAACCUACGUGAAUGCCUUCUGCCUUCGACCAUGGAGCAUUUAAUAAAUACAGUAGAAUCA